CGUAGAUCCGCCUUGUCCUCCCCGCCAGUCCCGCGAAUCCUGCGCGCACUGAAGAUGGCGGCUGCGGUGGGGAGAUUUCUCCGGGCUUCGAUUGCCCGACAUGUGAGUGCUAUUCCUUGGGGCGUCUCUGCCUCUGCAGCCCUUAGACCUGCUGCUUCCCGAAGAACAUGCCUGACAAAUGUAUUGUGGUCUGGUUCUGGCCAAGCAAAAUUGGCUUUUAGCACCAGUUCCUCAUACCACGCUCCUGCCGUCACCCAGCAUGCGCCCUAUUUUAAGGGCACUGCCGUUGUCAACGGAGAGUUCAAAGACCUAAGCCUUGAUGACUUUAAGGGGAAAUAUUUGGUGCUUUUCUUCUAUCCUUUGGACUUCACCUUUGUGUGUCCUACAGAAAUUGUUGCUUUUAGCGACAAAGCCAAUGAAUUUCACGAUGUGAACUGUGAAGUCGUUGCGGUUUCAGUGGAUUCCCACUUCACACAUCUUGCCUGGAUCAACACACCAAGGAAGAAUGGCGGCUUGGGCCACAUGAACAUCGCACUCUUGUCAGAUUUGACUAAGCAGAUUUCCCGAGACUAUGGCGUGCUGUUAGAAGGCCCCGGUGUCGCUCUAAGAGGUCUCUUCAUCAUUGACCCCAAUGGAGUCAUCAAGCAUUUGAGUGUCAAUGAUCUCCCCGUGGGCCGAAGUGUGGAAGAGACCCUCCGCUUGGUGAAGGCGUUCCAGUUUGUGGAAACCCAUGGAGAAGUCUGCCCAGCAAACUGGACCCCGGAUUCUCCUACAAUCAAGCCACAUCCAGCUGCUUCCAAAGAAUACUUUGAGAAGGUAAAUCAGUAGAUCAUCCCAUGUCUACCCACCUCUUCUCCCAUCAGGAAAGAGCCACAGGUGGAACUCACUUUGAGCAUUUCAAAGAUGAUUAUUUAUAGAAGACAAAAUAAUUAUGCUUGUAUUCAUACAUAAUGCUCUAAAUGUUUUGUUUUUGUAACAUUGGCUGAGGCUUUUAAAUGUCCUCACACACAAAAAGCGUCCUUUAUUGGUAACCUCUUGAUGGCUGGCUAGUUUAUAGAAUGCUAGUUCGCCUGUUCCUUGGAUUAUGUCUUCAAUGGAAAGAGGAAACAUUCUUCGUUGGCCUUACUUGAACCUUUACGUACACCAGAAUAGUACAACGUGUGCCGAAGCUUCUGAUCAAGGGUCCUGAAAGUUUCUUCUUGGAUUUCUUUGUACUAAACUGAAUUUUCUUUUAAGGUAACAAAGAUCAUACAUAGUUUUAAGGUGUUAACAUCAGUGGUCUAAUUUAACUCUUGGCAAUGGAUGUAUAUGUACUUGAAACAAAUGUGAAUCAUGUUUUCAAAAAAACACAGUGACAGAGUGACUUAAGCGAUUGUGCAUGUUUCUCGUCCCUGAGGUUGAUAUAGUUAUUUUACUUAUUUGUUAGCUGAUGUACGGUCUACAUACAAUUCUAGAUAUUGAUUGGGUAUAAUUAUAAAGGAUAUUUAUCAAAUCCAGGAGUUGCAUUUUGAAAUCAUUGUAAUUAUUUUCUUUUCUGAAAUGCUCAAAGUACAUAAUAAACACAUUUAAAAAUA